AUGUCAUGGGGGGUUCAAGUUGUUCAGUUAGAAAAGAUACUUUUGAGUCUGGCCGUAGUGACAAACCAAAGCGAAGAAGAAAGAUCGCGAGCUCUCAAAGAAGUCCAUAUAUUAUCAAAAUGUAACUCAUAUUUUGUGGUUAAAUAUUACCACUCGUGGAUUGAGAUCAAUCGACUUUACAUUCAAAUGGAGUUCUGUCCGCAAAGUCUUCGGGAACUCCUCAGCGACAAAGACACUCUUUUUAACAGACAAACCGCACAAUCCUUUAAUAUCUACGAAUAUUUUAUAUCAUGUGAGAUUUUUAAGGAACUUUUGCAAUGUUUGGAAUACCUUCAUGGACUGCACCCACCAAUUAUUCAUCGGGAUAUAAAACCGGCGAAUAUUUUAAUUUUACAAAACACUAGUAAUAAUUCAUUUGUGAAAUUGGGUGACUUUGGUUUGGCCACCGAAAACAACCGGGCACUCAUGAGUCAUACCCGGGGACCGGGAACUCCUGAUUUCAUAGCACCUGAAGUUGUUAUCAAUAAUACGUAUGACUUUAAAGCUGACAUCUUUGGUCUCGGAGUGAUUGGAUUUAAAUUGUUUGAAAUAAACACCGUGUAUUGGCAAUGCUCUGGACAAAUACAAAUCGACCUCAUUUAG